UUUCUCCGUGGUUGUGGGAGUCACGGGGGACGUGGCCUUGGCUGCCUGCAAGCCAGCGUUUCCUUUUCUGCUCCGGGGUUUUGACCUUGGGCAAGUCAUUUUAUUGUGUCCUUUUGCCUCUUUCAUUUGUAGCCUCUCUACCCUUUACCUGAAUAUUAAGAAAAUUAAGGUGAUGUGGGAAGGCCCUGAGCUUGUGGAGGAUACGUUGAGAUCUGAGCAAGCUAUGUGAGGUGAUGGAAGGGAUUUAGUGAGACGGUUUAAACGGAAGCAUCUUACAGCCAUCGACUGCCAGCAUUUGGCUCGGAGUCACUUGGCCGCGACCCAGCCCUUCAGUCAAAGAUGGACAAACAGAGACCCAAACCACGGUCUCUACCCUAGACCCAGAACAAAAAGAGGGAUUAGAGGUCAAGGAUGGCAGAGAUACAGCACUGAGCUCCUCCCAGCUGGUCAGCAGCGAUGCACCAAUGACAUGGCCAAGAGCAAUUCUGUGGGCCAAGACAGCUCUAAGGACUCCGAGGACGAAAUGACCUUUGCUGCAGAAAGCGGCUGUGCCCUGCCUCAGGACGGCGAUAGGGAAGCAAGACGGGGUUCGCCAGGCUCCGCUCUGCCUGCAAGGAAGCGUUCCUGGUCCUUCGAGGGCGAGAGCAGCCAAGCGACAGGGACCAGUCAGGGGGACGGGGUUUGUAAGAAAACCCCACGGCACCGGUCGUCCCUGUCCUACGCAAAGCCCAGGGACGCCAGGCAAGGAGCAGGGGACUCUCUGUCAUGGCUCUCCGCAGAGUCUGAAGAAUCUAGCCAGGAGAUGGAGGAUGCGGGCCCCGACCUCAUCCCCGACUCCUACUUUGGGCUGCUCGGGACCCUGCCCUGCCAGGAGCCCCAGAGCCACAUCUGUAGCCUGCCCAGCGAAGUCCUGAGGCACAUCUUUGCUUUCCUCCCCGUGGAAGACCUCUGCUGGAACCUGAGCCUGGUGUGCCACCUGUGGCGGGAGAUCAUUCGCGACCCCCUGUUCAUCCCUUGGAAGAAGCUGUAUCAUCAGUACCUGAUGAAUGAGGAGCAGGCUGUCAGCAAGGUGGAUGGCAUCCUGCUGAGCUACGGCAUAGAGAAGGACUCCGACCUGUGCGUGCUGAACCUCAUCCGCUACGUAGCCACCACCAAAUGCUCCCCGAGCGUGGACCCUGGGCAGGCACUGUGGAGCCUGAGGGAUCACCUCCUCCUUCCUGAGGCAGAGGCCUGCGUGCGGCAGCACCUGCCUGACCUCUACGUGGCUGCCGCGGGCGUCAACGUGUGGGCUUUGGUAGCAGCCAUUGUCCUCCUGUCCAGCAGCGUGAGUGACAUCCAGCAGCUACUCUUCUGCCUCCGCAGACCUAGCUCCACUGUGACCGUGCCGGACGCCACGGAGACCCUGUACUGCAUCGCCGUGCUUCUCUACGCCAUGCGGGAGAAGGGCAUCAACAUCAGCAACCGGAUUCACUACAACAUUUUCUACUGCCUGUAUCUUCAGGAGAAUUCAUGUACUCAGGCCACCGGGGUCAGAGAGGAGCCGACGGUCUGGCCUGGCAAGAAAACAACCAUCCAGCUUACACAUGAACAACAGCUGAUUCUGAGCCAUAAGAUGGAACCUCUCCAGGUGGUAAAAAUCAUGGCAUUUGCAGGCACCGGGAAGACCUCUACCCUGGUCAAGUACGCUGAGAAGUGGUCUGGGAGCAGGUUUCUGUAUGUGACAUUCAAUAAGAGCAUCGCAAAGCAGGCCGAGCUAGUCUUCCCCAGCAAUGUCAUCUGCAAAACCUUUCAUUCCAUGGCCUAUGGACACGUCGGGCGGAAGUACCAGUCAAAGAAGAAAUUGAAUCUCUUCAAGUUGACACCCUUCAUGGUAAACUCUGUCCUCGCCGAAGGGAAAGGUGGAUUCAUAAGGGCCAAGCUAGUGUGUAAGACUUUAGAAAACUUCUUCGCCUCGGCUGACGAAGAGCUGACUAUUGAUCACGUGCCUAUUUGGUGUAAGAACAGCCAAGGACAGAGGGUCAUGGUUGAACAGAGUGAAAAACUGAACAGCGUCCUCGAAGCAAGCCGACUCUGGGACAACAUGCGGAAACUGGGGGAAUGCAAAGAAGAGGCCUACCAGAUGACUCAUGACGGCUAUUUGAAACUCUGGCAGCUGAGCAAGCCUUUGCUCGCCUCUUUCGACGCCAUCUUUGUGGACGAGGCGCAGGACUGUACCCCAGCGAUCAUGAACAUAGUUCUGUCUCAGCCGUGUGGGAAGAUCUUCGUGGGGGACCCACACCAGCAGAUCUACACCUUCCGUGGUGCAGUCAACGCGCUGUUUACAGUCCCACACACCCACGUCUUCUAUCUCACGCAGAGUUUUAGAUUCGGUGUGGAAAUCGCGUACGUGGGAGCUACUAUCUUGGACGUCUGCAAGAGAGUAAGGAAGAAGACUUUGGUUGGAGGAAACCAUCAGAGUGGCAUUCGAGGUGACACAAAGGGGCAGGUGGCCCUCUUGUCCCGGACCAAUGCCAAUGUGUUCGACGAGGCCGUACGGGUGACCGAUGGAGAGGUGCCUGCGAGGAUACAUUUGAUUGGGGGGACUAAAUCAUUUGGAUUGGACAGAAUCAUUGAUAUUUGGAUCCUUCUGCAGCCAGAGGAAGAACGGAAGAAACGAAACCUCGUGAUUAAAGACAGGUUUAUUAGAAGAUGGGUGCACAAAGAAGGCUUUAGUGGCUUUAAGAGAUAUGUGACCGCAGCCGAGGAUAAGGAACUCGAAGCCAAGAUUGCUGUUGUUGAAAAGUAUAACAUCAGGAUUCCGGAGCUGGUGGAAAGGAUAGAAAAAUGCCACAUAGAAGACUUGGACUUCGCAGAGUACAUUUUGGGCACCGUCCACAAGGCCAAAGGCUUGGAGUUUGAUACGGUGCACGUUCUGGAUGAUUUCGUGAAGGUGCCUUGUGCCAGGCACAACCUCGCCCAGCUGCCCCACUUCAGAGUCGAGUCAUUUUCUGAGGAUGAAUGGAAUUUACUGUAUGUUGCAGUAACUCGUGCUAAGAAGCGUCUCAUCAUGACCAAGUCGUUGGAGAACAUUUUGACUUUGGCUGGGGAGUACUUCUUGCAAGCAGAGCUGACGAGUAACGUUUUGAAAACCGGCGUGGCCCGCUGCUGCGUGGGGCAGUGCAGCAACGCCAUCCCGGCGGACACCGCGCUCACCCUGAGGAAGCUCCCCAUCACCUACAGCAACAGGAAGGAAAACAAGGGAGGCUACCUGUGCCACUCCUGCGCGGAGCAGCGCGUGGGGCCGCUGGCCUUCCUGACCGCCUCCCCGGAGCAGGUGCGCUCCAUGGAGCGCACCGUGGAGCACGUCGUGCUGCCGCGGCACGAGGCCCUGCUCUUCCUCGUCUUCUGAGCGCCCGGGCAGCGUCCUGCCAGGCGCACGCGGCCGCGCGUGCGUCCAGUUACUUGAAGGAAGUCGGCGCGGGGGAGGGCUCACGCACCGAGACGCGGGAUGCACUCGGCACCCGGCACCCGGCACCCGGCACCGCGGGGGAAGAUGACGGCGCCCUGCACUUCUGCAUUCCCACAGCAGCCGGUUCCCACCGCCCCCCCUCCGCGCGCGGCGGGCCGGGAACACCAGGGAUGUUCUUUUGAUAAAAAAGCCAAACAUUUUAUGUAUGUAAACUUUUAUUACAAGGUUCCGAUUAAACAGGCAUUGUAGAACUGACGUACCACUGUGUGA